AUGUAUAGAACUAAACAAAAGGCAGAGCAAGCGGCUCUGGAUGGUGAAAGUACAGAAGAAUUUGACACUCAGCAGUGUAGGGAAUUGCAAGAAGCAAUUAUGUCGAGUAGUCCGAUAAAACCGGCCGCGGCCAACAGUAUGCCUGUCGCGUCAAGAAACUUUGCUAUCAACGCGACAAAUAAUGAUAAAGAACCUGCAGGAGAUGGGAAACACGACAAUCAAGCCCAGGAAGUUUUUGACGACAUAGAGGAACCUAAUUUAUCUGUUCCAAAUCCCCCAUUCACAUUCGGACAAACGAUUAAUGGUCCCCCAAUCAAUUCCGGCUCCACCCCCAACCGCAACAAUGAAGGCAGUUUGAGGCCAUUCGAUAUCAGCGGGAAACAAUAUCAAACGGCCACGGGUUCCCGAAUGAAAGCAAUGGCGGAGGAGGAAUCCACUCAAAAGACCAAUUUGUCUCUAACACAAGAGAAUUCUGCGUCCGUUUACGAAGCUCUUGAAUUGCACAAUUUAAGGAAUCAGGAUGUGGAAGGCAAUGAUCCCGACCUUUCAUCGAGCCCACCCAUCCCUAUCGAAGGGGAAGAUUUAUCAGAACUGCAACAAAAUGGCAUAUCUAGAGACCCUUUCAAGGUGCCGAAUUCAAUGCAUACAUGGUCGACUGCACGGACAUAUGAGGAAAACGAUACUGGGCAUAUAAACUUUGAUGGAUUCCAGCCAAUAUCGGCGCCAGAUGAAGGACAUUUUGACUCUCAAGAUCCACCUAUUGCGCCCGCUGCUGAGGAUUUUGUGCAAGAACGUCAUUUUGAACCCCAGACUCCAGCUCCGUUGGUCAAUCCGUUCUCCGAGAAAGGUAGUGUAAUGAAGCAGUAUGAGCUCUUCGGCGCAACUCAACCAUCAUCAGCCGUACGACUAGGCGGCAGUCCUACUUCUUCUAGACCAUCACCGGAGGUUUAUAAUGGAUUUCGGUCCUCGCAGGGGAUGGAGCCUUCACCACUUUUCAGACGUUCGGAGGUUGCCAAUGCAAUAUCUCAGGGUUCUGUGCGAUCUCUUCUGAGAUCAGUAUCUACGGAGACACCUGUCUCCGUAAUACCCACUCAAAGUCUCACCACAGUUCAAUCAUUUGCUUCUGACUUGAGGAAACUAACAUUUACUCGCGAACCUCAAAACUAUUUUACAACUAUGAAAGAGUCGCAAGAGAGACGAAGAAAGUUGAGUGAGCCUGAAGCAUCUUCUGGCUCCGAGUCCGAGUCAGAAAUUGAGGCGGUAUCAAAGAAAUACAAGAAGGCGGAAAUAGACAGGAGGAAACGCGACGAGACAGCCAGAAUUAGUUUGAGGAGACCAAACUCAUCCAGUAGACCCAGCUCUGCAAAAGAGGUAAAAUCAACUUUUACCACAGCUGGCAUACCCCCAAGGUCAACCAAUCAUAAACGCAAUUCCUCCGAGGUAACAUCUUCUCGUACCCCGCAAGCGUCUGAGUCGACUCCAACCGCCGUGGAGGUCCCCGCGAGUGGCCGACGUCGAAGUAUACAAGAUGAUUAUGUGGCCCAAUGUGAGGGGCUUGACGCACGAGAUACUCAACCAACACAGCAAGACAUGGUUGCCGAUUCUCAAGCUGCUCCUGUCUCUAGCAAUAUUGCUGCAAGCUCUCCAGUACCAGGACCACGGAAUCACGUAUCAGCUUCUACCGAUGUUGGGAAGAACGGUGCAGAACCAAUGAGCCCAUCUCGAAGGCUACCAAAAGAGGUGCAGCAACCUGCAAACCCGGGCGCCACUCAAACCUCGGACAGUACCGACAUCAACAAGAUGAAAGAGGUCCAGUGCAUGGAUUCUAAUGUCUCUGCUUCUUUGGAUCAGGAACAAACUACGUCGUCGGAUGAAGGACCCGACAGCAAGAAUCCCACAGCAUCGGUUACUCAAAUGCAAGAUAUGUUAUCCGACGGUGUCGCUGCCACCAUCCCAGAGACGAGUCCAGCCACAGAACGUUUGAAGCCUAUGACUGAGAUCGCAGACGUGUCCUUCGGUGUGGCGCAUGACGAUCAAUAUGACGAUCUGCCAGGAUUCAACAUGGAUGAAGAGUUUCAUGCCGUUAUUGGUCUAUCUAAUCACCAGAUCCCGAAACCUCAACUUAAUUUUCAGCCAGAGGUCGUCACCACACCUAGCCCCGUUGAUCUGAUACCUACUGCUUCUUCUGCGCUAGUCUCCUCGGGACUCUCAUCAGCGCCCAGUGCACUGGAGCCUGCCACACCUGUCACUGACGAUCCAAUUACGCCUACAGAAAAAGCCGGUUCUGAAAUGGCAUCAGUUGAUCGCAACUCACGUGAAGAAGAGCAACCAACUGAACCGUCUGACUUGACUUCUCCGGUACAGUCUUCGAAGGCUAACCCGGAAAGGGAUUUGCCCCCGCUGGCUUCGACUGAACAUGACGCGAGACGACAUGAAAGAAAUCAGAGUGAAGAACCAAAACUUCCAUCAACGAGUAGACAGCGACGAGGAAGCGUGUCUCAAAGCCCGUCACGCAAAUCUACUCGCAUCUCAAAGAUUCAGUCAAAAGGGGUGACGUACUCAAACAAACGAACAAGCACGGCUCGCAAUAAGAGACUUUUGAGCGUCUCAUCCACAGCUUCGACUCAUCUCUCAACCACGACAGAACCAGAUAUGGCUUCAGAUUCGAUUUCAAGUACGAAUGGUCGUCCAAGACGCAAUUCUGCUGUCAAAUUCAAGGACAGUACAGAAGAGACUCCUCUGCCGGCUGCAAAACGAGGCCGCCCGCGUAAAUUCAUCGCCCCGGAUAAGAAAGAAGGAACUAUGUCGGCGCCGCCUUCGAAGAGGAAAUCGGCACUACCCCUGCAAGAAGAUAGUGAAGAUCCGCUGGCGCUAUCAGCACCCCCUUUAAGAACGGUCGUACACAGUAAAAAGUCGAUGGGCAACUUAUUUAGUGAUAUGGCUUUUGCUGUCUCCUACGUUGGCGCAGAAAAGGACAAAGAGAUCGCUAUUCGUUUGAUCAAACAGCACGGCGGCCGUAUAUUAGAAGACGGAUUUGAGAAAUUAUUUACUCCUGGAUUAUUACCUUCCAGGACUCGUACGGAAGAUAAUGAGAUUGGGGAGACGGAGCUCAAGGUUAUACCUUCAGAAGCGAACGUUGGCUUUGUGGCACUGAUUGCAGAUGAGCAUUCGAGAAAGGCCAAACAUAUGCAAGCAUUGGCGCUUGGUCUCCCUUGUAUCUCAGGGCGCUGGGUAUCUGACUGUGUCAAUAAGGGCACUAUUAUCGAUUGGUUGCCAUAUCUUCUUUCUGCCGGCCACUCUUCGUUUCUAGGCGGGGCAGUCAAAAGUCGCUAUCUUCGCCCAUAUUCUGCUGCCAAUGCAAACCUCAAUGACACGUUUACUGAGAGGCCUAAGCUGCUCGAUGGAGUAUCGGUCUUGAUCGUCACUGGCAAAGGGAAAGCUGGAGAAAAGCGAAAGCCUUACACAUUUCUGACUCGAGCCCUCAAUCCACUACGCCUUGGCCAAGCACAAGACCUUAGUCAGGCGAAGGAAAUGCUACUAGACGCAGAAAGCAAGAACGCCGAUUAUGAUUGGCUUUACGUCGACGGCAAGCAAGACGUGGAGGCAACUAUAUUCGGAAGUACUCCAGCCAGUACUGCGGGGAGAUAUCGAAAGCGGAAACGAUCAUCGAUACAGGAGGAGGAUGUUUCGACACCAACACCAAAGCGCAUCCGUGUAAUCAAUGAUGAGAUGAUUAUCCAAAGUUUGAUACUUGGUCAGCUCAUCGAGGAGUAA